AUGUCUCCCUUGAAAUUUCAGCCGGUUGCAGAUUCUCCCCCUCUUUCUCCAGAGACCAAGCGAGCCUCCAAAGUGACAGCAAUAACGUCAACACGGACGGUGACGGACAUAUACUUGCCGUCGCGAUCGCGAACGCUCUCGGUAAACAGCCAAGAGAGUAAUGCGGGCUCGCGUAUCGAAGUCACUGCAAAACUCUUACGAAGCAUCAGCAGUCGAAACACUACUGGGACGAUUGUUCUCAAAUCGACGACGGGCUCAGCCCCUCGGCAUCAUAAUCGGUCCUCACCGAAAUUCGACUAUCCUGAGAACGUCUCCGAGCUCAAAGGAGCCUUGCAACGACGGCAGAACUACAUAGGCAAAACUCAUCCUUCAAUUGGUUCUUUGUGGAACCGAAUCGGCAACGUUCAUUUUCGUCAGGGGGCUCGACAUGACGCUGUAUUCAGUUACCGAAACGCCCUUGUCUGUGACCCUGGCAGUCACUACGGUGCAGCAUAUGCCAACCUUGGCACCGUCUACGGCAGUCUCGGUAGUCUUGACCUCGCCAUCGUCGCCUCACAUAAGGCCUUGCGGAACUACAAAGUGGAUUGCGGAUCUGAAGGCAAACUAGCAAAUACUGAUGCCAUCGCCAACGUCUAUCACCAGCUUGGACUCUGUCAGUCCUUGCAAGGUCAUUACCAACUAGCGUCUUCAUUUUUGGAGCGUUCUCUCGAGAUUCGUAGAAGUGUCAACGGUCCCCGGCAUGCGACCGUCGCCAAAGCGUUUGAUAAAUUAGGGCAUGUGCACGCUUUGUUAGGGGACUACCAGAUAAGCAUACAGUACCACGAAAAAGCUGGUGAAAUUUUCCUCGCCGUCGGUUUUUCGCUGAUCCCGACAUUGCAAAAAAUUGCACAAUUGCAUGUACUGCGUCGGAACUAUACUGACGCCGCCAUUGCUUUACGGCAAAUCUUCAGUUUGCAGAAGGGCGCAGGAUCCGAUUUCGACGUACAGGCCGCGUACGGUACUUUGCAGCGACGAAGACAUAUGUACACAUGGACGCAUCAAGCUAAUCUAGCUGAGCAGUGCCACAAAGAAUCCAUGCGCUUUCGGGAAAAGUAUGGAGAGACUGAAUUUCUAUAG